AUGGUGGCCCGCCUGCUGCUGCGCGCUUGGCCCCGGGUCGCUGCCGGCGGCCCGGGAGCCCCCCGGCGGCCCCUGAGCGCCGGCUCGGGGCCCGGCCAGUACCUGCAGCGCAGCAUUGUGCCCACCAUGCACUACCAGGACAGCCUGCCCAGGCUGCCUGUUCCCAAACUUGAAGACACCAUUAGAAGAUACCUCAGUGCACAGAAGCCUCUCUUGGAUGAUGGGCAGUUCAGGAAAACAGAAGAAUUUUGCAAGAAUUUUGAAAAUGGGAUUGGACAAGAACUGCACAAUCAGUUGGUUGCUCAGGACAAGCAGAAUAAACAUACGAGCUACAUUUCAGGCCCCUGGUUUGAUAUGUACUUAACUGCUCGAGACCCUAUUGUCCUGAACUUUAAUCCAUUUAUGGCAUUCAACCCUGACCCCAAAUCUGAGUAUAAUGAUCAGCUCACCCGGGCGACCAACAUGACGGUCUCUGCCGUCCGGUUUCUGAAGACACUCCGGGAUGGCCUUUUGGAACCAGAAGUGUUCCACCUGAACCCUGCUAAAAGUGACACUGACACCUUUAAGAAACUCAUACGCUUUGUGCCUUCCUCUCUGUCUUGGUAUGGUGCCUACUUGGUCAAUGCGUAUCCACUGGAUAUGUCCCAGUAUUUCCGACUUUUCAAUUCAACUCGUUUACCCAGACCCAGUCGGGAUGAACUCUUCACUGAUAACAAGGCCAGACACCUCCUGGUCCUAAGAAAAGGACAUUUCUAUGUCUUUGAUGUCCUGGAUCAAAAUGGGAACAUCGUGAGCGCCUCUGAAAUCCAGGCUCAUCUGAAGUACAUUCUCUCAGACAACAGCCCUGCCCCCGAGUUUCCACUGGCAUAUCUGCCCAGUGAGAACAGAGACAUCUGGGCAGCGCUCAGGCAGAAGCUGGAGAGCGGUGGCAACGAGGAGACCCUGAGGAAAGUGGACUCUGCUGUGUUCUGUCUCUGCCUAGAUGACUUCCCCAUUAAGGACCUUGUCCACUUGUCCCAUACCAUGCUGCACGGUGACGGCACAAACCGCUGGUAUGAUAAAUCCUUUAACCUCAUUAUAGCCAAGGACGGCACUGCCGCUGUCCACUUUGAGCAUGCUUGGGGCGAUGGGGUUGCAGUGCUCAGGUUUUUCAAUGAAGUGUUUAAAGACAGCACUCAGGCCCCUGCCAUCACUCCACAGAGCCAGCCGGCCAGCACUGACUCCUCUGCUGCUGUGCAGAAGCUCAACUUCAAGCUGAACGAUGCCAUAAAGACGGGCAUCAUUGCUGCUAAGGAAAAGUUUGAUGCCACCAUGAAGACCCUCACCGUUGACUGCAUCCAGUUUCAGAGAGGAGGCAAAGAAUUCCUGAAGCAGCAGAAGCUGAGCCCUGACUCGGUGGCCCAGCUGGCCUUCCAGAUGGCCUUUCUGCGGCAGUAUGGGCAGACGGUGGCCACCUACGAGUCCUGCAGCACUGCAGCGUUCAAGCACGGCCGCACCGAGACCAUCCGCCCCGCCUCCGUCUUCACGAAGAGGUGCUCCGAGGCCUUUGUCAGGGAAGCUUCCAAGCACAGUGCUGCAGAGCUGAAGCAGAUGAUGGCCGAGUGCUCCAAGUACCACGGCCAGCUGACCAGAGAAGCCGCCAUGGGCCAGGGCUUUGACCGACACUUAUUUGCUCUGCGGUACCUGGCAGCAGCCCAAGGGAUUGCCCUGCCUGAGCUGUAUCUGGACCCUGCAUACGGGCAGAUAAACCACAACAUCCUGUCCACUAGCACCCUGACCAGCCCAGCAGUGAACAUUGGUGGUUUUGCACCCGUGGUUCCUGAUGGCUUUGGCGUUGGGUAUGCCGUUCAUGACAACUGGAUAGGCUGCAACGUCUCCUCCUACACAAGCCGCAAUGCCCGGGAGUUUCUCCAAUGUGUGCACAAGGCCUUAGAAGACAUGUUUGAUGCCAUGGAAGGCAAAUCCGUCAGAACUUAG